GAGAUGGCGAUGCUUAUCAAGCCCGCGGGAUGUGCGGCCGAGUUCAUCGGGAUGUUCCUCUUCGUGGCUUUUUGCUGCGGCACUGCCACGGGCGUCGCCGGGACCAGCGGGUGGGUUCAGCAGGUGGCGCUGACGUUCGGGUUCUCCAUCUUCGUGCUCGCGAGCGCCCUCGGGCGAUGGGGGCUUCAGUGCAACUGCGCGGUGACGUUCGCGCUCGCGAUCGCCAAGCUCUUUGGCAUCGGGGACAUGGGCAUUCUCCAGGCGGCCGUGAACCUCGUCUUCCAGGUCCUCGGCUCCGUCGCGGGGGCGGCGCUGGUUGCACUGAUCAAGGAGACGGACAGCGACAGGACUCCAGACGGCGUGCCUGGCGGAGGGGCACUCGGCUCCAACAUGCUUGCGGCCGACAUCGGCAUUGGGGAGGCCCUCGCGGGUGAAGCUUUGGGUACCUUCUUGCUCGUGUUCAUGGUGCUGCAGGCCGUCGUGGACAAGACGAAAAACGUUACGAUGCCUCUGGCCAUCGGCGUGGCCGUCUAUCUCGCCCACUCCAUCCUCAUCCCCAUCGACGGGUGCUCCAUCAACCCGACCCGAACCAUCGGGCCCGCGCUCGUCGCGACGUUUCUCCUCGACAGGGUCACCGAUGAGGUCAGCGACAAGAUCUGGGAGGACAUGUGGGUCUUCUGGGCGGGCCCGCUCUGCGGGGCGCUCCUGGCGGUCCUCGCCCACGUGGCGAUGCACAAGCUGCCGGGGCAGCCCGACGCGGGCGAGGAGGAGGGAGAGGCCAGCCUCAGGGACGACGUCGACAAGUCGAUCUGA